AUGGAGUCAAUAUCAAGAAUCUCUGGCCUCUUGGAGGCUGCAAGGGAACUCACCCUCGAUGCCGCCCAGGCCACGCGAGGCGUCCGCACGAGCUCCAAGUUGCUGGACAGGAACCAGAUGCGAAAGCUUCUUGACAGCCGCAACGAGAGGGAGGUGCUGGAGGGACUGCGGCGUGUCAUAGCGAUGAUGUACCGUAACCACAAAACAUUACCUUUCUUUUCAUCCGUCGUCAAAAACGUCGCCUCGCCCAACUUCGAAAUCAAGAAGCUCGUCUACAUCUACCUCAUCCACCAUGCCGAGCAGGAGCCCGACCUUGCCCUGCUUUCCAUCAACACGAUCCAAAAGUCGCUCUCCGAUACGAACCCUCAGGUCCGAGCUCUCGCACUGAAAACCAUGUCUGGUAUCCGCGUGCCAGUCAUCAGCCAGAUUGUGUCGCUUGCCAUCAAGAAAGGCGUGGCCGACAUGAGUCCUCUAGUGCGCAAAGCCGCCGCUCUUUCAAUCCCCAAAUGCUACCGGUUGGACCCCAGCCAGUCUCCUCAGCUUCUAGAAUAUCUAGCAACGCUGCUAGGUGAUAAGCAGUAUUACGUUGCUGGUGCUGCUGUGUCAGCCUUUUUGGAGAUUUGCCCCGAACGGAUCGAUAUGAUACACAAGCAUUACCGUGGCUUGGUCAAGAAGAUUGUCGACAUGGAUGAAUGGAGCCAACUGGCUACGCUCAAGCUCAUGACAUACUAUGCACGAAAGUGCUUCCCUCGACGGGCUCAACCGGCUGUUACAUCCGAAACCCCCCAAACGCAGACCCAAAACAACAACAUUGAUGAUUUUUACGGGGAGUCAAGCUCCUCCAAGCCCACCACCUACUCAACUUCGGUAGACUCUGAUUUGACCCUGCUGCUGAAUGGCAUCAGACCUCUUCUGCAGAGCCGAAACUCGGGUGUUGUUGUUGCCGUUACAAGGUGUUACAUAGACGUUGGCACUCCAGAAUACGUAAAGCACGCUAUAGGUCCAUUGGUCGCCCUCCUGAGAGGGGCUCAGGACAUACAGCAAAUCGCUUUAUACAACAUUGUUUCCGUUUGUCUUGUGCGCCCACUUGACUUUGUCAAGUAUGCAAGCCACUUUUUGGUCAGAUCGACAGAUAGCGCACCGAUUUGGGAGCUGAAGCUUGAAGUGCUGGCACUCAUCUUCCCACACAGCCCCGUCCAUGUCAAGAGUCUGAUCCUGAAGGAGCUGGAGCACUUUUCGCAAGGAUCCAACAAGGCUCUUGUACGCGAAGCAGUCCGAGCCAUUGGCCGCUGCGCACAGGCGGAUGCAGCCACAGCGCCUAGGUGUUUGAAGCUGCUCCUAAGCCAGAUCACCAGCUUAGACGGAACCUUGGCUGCAGAGUCGCUGACGGUCAUUCGGCACCUCAUCCAGCAGGAUGCAGAGGCGCAUGCGGGGACGGUAGUGCGCCUAGCAAAGAACCUUGACUCAGCAACUGAUCCUCAGGCGAGAGCGACCAUUAUCUGGUUGGUUGGCGAGUUUUCUGGCCUUAACGGGGAAGACAACAUCGCGCCGGACGUUUUUCGCAUUCUCCUCAAGGACUUUGCGAGCGAAUCGGAGGCUGCAAAGCGCCAGAUAUUGCUUCUUGGCGCAAAAGUUUAUCUUCACCAUCUGAAUCGUCAGAGCGAAGCAGAAAAGAAUAGAGUGGGGGAGGAAGACCCUCCAAUGGAGGUAGAGAAGCACCCCAUCGAAAGAUUAUGGGACUAUGUCCUGCUCCUUGUGAGAUAUGAUGUCUCGUUUGACCUGCGAGACCGAGCCCGCAUGUAUCGUGCCGUGCUUUCUGUACCGCAGCUUGCUACGCUGAUGCUCCUUGCGCCGAAGCCCGCUCCCCAAGCGCCCAGUCCAUCCGAGUCGAGAAAGGGGUUCUUGUUGGGCUCUUCGACUCUUGUCUUGGCUGGAGGUGGCGGUCUGCACGGCCUCAGGGGAUACGAGACGCUGCCUGAUUGGGUCGAGCCCGGCAAGGAGCCCGAUCCACGGUUACGCGAAGCAGAAAAGGAUGUUACGACAGCACGCUAUGACAGCGAGAGAUCUACGGUAUCGGCGGCUGACAAACUUGACGAAAUUGUUAGAUCGGCACCAGUUAGCAAGUCGAACGGUGCUGGGGAGAGUCUGAGGACGAAGACGUUGGAUGACUGGCUGGCUGAAGAGGAGGAGGAGGAGGAGGAAGAGGAAGAGGAAGAGAGUGAAGAGGAAGAAAGCGAAGAAGAGGAGUCCGAGGAAGAGGAAGAUGAUGAGGAAGAAGAGGAAGAAGACAGUGAUGAUGAUGGAGAGACAGAUAGACUAGUCAAGUCAUGA